CUAUAGAGAAACAGAGGGACGUAGAAGCUCCCAACGGCACCGUUUUAAGCAUCCAAGCCCAUCUUCGGAGCUUCGAUUUAAUCUGAGUUCUUUUAGCUGGCCUCUCUCUCCAUCUUCUCUGACGUGGUUUCCAUCAUUUAGGGUUCUCCAGUCGAUUAUUUGCAGCUCCCCGCCAAAUUAAUUUCGCAGAGGAAUGAGCUUUCUUAUUGUCUACGCGGUCAAUGGCAUUUGUUCUUGUAAAAGGUUAAGAUGUCGACCCGUUUUCUCUCAAAGGUAAAACCGGCUGUCUGUACUGGUCUUCAGAGAAGUGUAAUUGGGCAAGGAGGUCUGGCGUGUAAUUCUGUACGUUACGGAAUUGGGCAGAGCAGUUUGCUGCUUGGUGGUUCCGGGUUGGUUUUCUCGUUGCCUUGUUCAACUAGGUUGUUCAAUCAUAGCACUCGGUUUCAUUUGAGCUCCCCGUGCAGAAGAAGGGCAAUGGCUGUUUCUGGUUCAAAAGCUAUGUUUGGGGAUGUCUAUAUUGACGACUUGGUUUCUAGCUGUGGGAAUGGAGUGGACUUCACCAAAUCUUCUGGUGUUUAUUUUUCUGAUAGAACUCGUAUUAGUUGCCGCAAAGCUUGUAUCAGUUUUAGGAAGCAAGAGCACUACAAUGGCCAUUUGGUCUGUGGGUACUUUAUGCCUAAAGUCCAAGGCAAUACAAGCUCUAACACGAUUUUUGGACCGUUUCUGAAGAAUGUUCAUACCUUUUCUUCUGUCUGUUUCUCUGCUGGACCAGUUCAUGAUGUGUCUUGCGAUGACAAUUCUCAAGAGCAGGAGCUUGAAGAUUCACCUAUUUCAUCCAGCCAACCCCUGAACCUACUGUCAGGCUCUUGUUACCUUCCUCAUCCUGCCAAGGAGGAUACUGGUGGAGAGGAUGCUCAUUUUAUCUGUACAGACAAACAAGCCAUUGGUGUAGCCGAUGGGGUAGGUGGUUGGGCAGAUGUUGGUGUUGAUGCAGGGGAAUUUUCCCGUGAACUCAUGUCUAAUUCAUUAUUGGCACUUGAAGAAGAGACAAAGGGUUCCAUUAACCCAUACAGAGUAUUAGAGAAGGCACAUGCAAAGACCAAAGCAAAAGGUUCCUCAACAGCCUGCAUCAUUGCUCUCACAGAUGAGGGACUGCAUGCAAUUAAUCUGGGGGACAGUGGAUUCAUUGUAGUUAGAGAUGGAUGCACUAUCUUCCACUCUCCAGUGCAACAGCAUGGGUUCAAUUUUACAUACCAAUUAGAAAGUGGUAAUGGGGGUGAUCUACCUAGUUCUGGUCAGGUGUUUACGAUUCCUGUUGCACCGGGUGAUGUUGUCGUCGCUGGAACAGAUGGGUUAUUUGACAAUUUGUACAACAAUGAGGUUUCAGCUGUUGUUGUUGAAGCAAUAAGAGCUGGUUUAACACCUCAAGCCACAGCUCAGAAGGUAGCAGCUUUGGCACGUCAGCGUGCGCUGGACAAGAACCGUCAGACACCAUUUUCUUCUGCUGCUCAAGAUGCUGGAUACCGUUAUUAUGGUGGAAAGCUCGAUGAUAUCACUGUUGUUAUUUCAUUUGUUGCUCGCUCCAAUGACCUGUGAGUUUGUCAUGCAAAAUAGCCUUGUUGAAAUGUCAUAGUUGUCUGUAGUUCUUGUAGCUCUUUUUGUAGCUGGUAGUUGUGGGGAAACCAUUAGUUUGAAAUUUUGGCCAUGAAACCUAGUCAAACGAGCUGUAUUUCAUGUUGCUAAUAAAUGUCUCCUUUUGUCUGCCAAGCAAA